AUGGCGCGCACCAGACCUGACAACAGAAAACGUAAGAGGUCUGAAAAUCGCGAGCCCGUUGCGAAUAUCGCAGACGAAGAAAUUACUGAACCAUCUUCCAAUGAGGAUGACAGCGACGUGGAGGCAGGUCUGGAAGAAAUGGACGGAGCAGAAGAGCUUGAUUCGGAUGAAGAAUUCCAACAGGAAAAUGCUGCUGAUAAAAGACGUCGUUUGGCAAAACAAUAUCUGGACAAUUUGAAGGCAGAAGCUAAUGAAGUAGCGUUAGAUACUCGUGAAAAAGCUGAAGAUGAAAAUUUCGCCACCGCAGAGGAGAAUUACAAUGAUUUCGAUGCCAAGGAUCUGGACCGUGAAAUUGUGGCGUCCAGACUAAAGCAAGACGUCGCCGAGCAACAGGGACGUAUCUACAGAUUUAUCGGCGACAAGCUACUCUUGACAGAGGCCAAAACCUCUUUCAGUCGAGUUGGAGAGAAAUCUCUCACCGGUAUCUCAUGUUACCAGCCAGUGAUUAAUAAGUUCUCGCAUCAAGAGUCUCAACAUAAGAAUAGCACCAAGCUUUUCGCCUACACCGUGAGUAAAGACAUGGUGUUAACCAAAUACGAUGUCACAAAUUUUGGGUCGAGACCCAAGAAACUGAAGUAUUCCAGAGGUGGGCGCCGUUUUAUCCCAGAGAGCAAGUUCGAAUAUGAAAAUACCACAGAGGGUCAUUACGAUGAAAUUUUGACCCUGGCUGCAUCUCCAGAUGGGAAGUAUGUUGUUACCGGCGGACGUGACAGAAAACUAAUUGUCUGGAGCACGGAAUCCCUGGCACCUGUCAAAGUUAUUCCUACGAAAGAUAGAAGAGGUGAGGUUCUUUCAUUGACUUUCAGGAAAAACUCUGAUCAGCUUUAUGCUGCUUGUGCCGACUUCAAAAUCAGAACAUAUUCGAUCAACCAAUUUUCCCAGCUUGAGAUUCUCUACGGACACCAGGACCUUGUUGUUGAUAUUUCUGCCCUAGGAAUGGAAAGAUGUGUUACGGUCGGGUCCCGCGAUAGGACAGCAAUGCUUUGGAAGAUUGCAGACGAAACGAGACUUACUUUCAGAGGCGGAGAUGACCCUGAGAGAUUAGCGAAAAAGUGGAUAAAACAAAAUACUCAGACAACAGAUGAUGGGAAAGAGAUCCCUCCCCGUAGCGAGGACGUCCCCAUGUUUUUUGGGGAAGGGAGCAUUGAUUGUGUUUCCAUGAUGGACGACUCUCAUUUCAUUACUGGUUCUGAUAACGGUAACAUUUCUUUGUGGUCUCUCUCUAAGAAAAAGCCUCUUUUCACCCAGCGUUGUGCGCAUGGGGUGGUUCCAUUACCUGACUCGACCCAGAUAUCUGCCGAGCUUCAAACUGAGAAGCGCGAAAGACAGCUGCAAGAUAAAAGAAUCUCGCAUCCUUACUGGAUCACAGCUCUUUACGCGAUCCCAUACUCUAACGUCUUCAUAUCCGGCUCAUGGGACGGUGCGCUUAGGGUAUGGAAAUUAUCAGAGAACUUCAGACAGUUUGAAUUGCUUGGUCAAUUGUCUGGUUGCAGUGGUGUGGUAACACACAUCCAAGCAGUUGAGAGCGGCAAACACGGAAGAGAAACGUUCCGCAUCUUGGCGAGCGUAAGCAAAGAGCAUAGACUGGGAAGGUGGGUGAGCAACAUACCUGGUGCCAGAAAUGGUAUAUUUUCAGCAACUAUUGAACAAGCCGGAUUUUGA